AUGGAUUUUGAAACUAACGAAGAUCUUAACGGGGUCCGUUUCUCUUGGAACGUGUUCCCCUCCACAAGAACUGAUGCAGCUAAGAACGUUGUUCCAGUCGGUUGUUUAUAUACACCUUUGAAAGAAUUGGAAACAGUGGCUCCGGUCGUGUACAACCCGAUUGUUUGUGGUGGUGCCCAAUGUAAGGCUGUUUUGAAUCCAUAUUGUACGAUUGAUCCAAGGCACAACGUUUGGUGUUGUUCGAUUUGUAAGAAUAGAAAUCACUUGCCAACUUCCUAUGCUACCAUGACUCAAGAGAGCAUGCCUGUCGAAUUACAGCAUACUACCAUUGAAUAUAUUACUUCCAAACCCAUCACUGUUCCACCUGUAUUUUUUUUCGUUAUCGAUGUUACCGCUGAGGAGGAGAAUUUGAAUCAAUUGAAAGAAUCCAUCAUCGCAUCCUUGGCAUUAUUGCCACCAAAUGCAUUAGUUGGUGUUAUUACUUAUGGUAAUGUCGUUCAAUUGCAUGAUUUAUCUUGUGAAACAAUCAAUAGAUGUAAUGUCUUUAGAGGUGAUAGGGAGUAUCAAAUGGAUCAGUUAACCGAAAUGUUGACUGGACAAAAAACAAUCAAUACAAUGAGCCCACAAGCAGCAGUUAUUUCUCCAUAUUCAUUGAGAAGAUUUUUCUUACCUUUAGAAAAUUUUGAAUUCAAAUUGAACCAAUUCAUUGAAAAUUUAACCCCAGAUAGAUGGUCUAUCCCUGCAGGGAAUAGACCACUAAGAGCUACUGGGUCAGCGGUAAAUAUUGCUUCCUUGUUAAUGCAAGGCUGUUUCAAGCAAUGUGCAGGAAGAAUAAUUAUGUUUUCAUCCGGUCCAGGUACUUUGGCACCAGGUUUGGUCGUCAAUCCUGAAUUGAAGGAUCCAUUGAGAUCUCAUCACGAUAUUGAUAGUGACCGUGCUUCUCAUUAUAAGAAGGCAUGUAAGUUCUAUAAUCAUGUUGCCGAAAGAGUCGCUGAAAAUGGCCAUACUGUGGAUAUUUUUGCUGGAUGUUAUGAUCAAAUUGGUAUGUCUGAAAUGAAACAAUUAACUGAUGCUACUGGAGGUGUUUUAUUAUUGACAGAUUCCUUUUCCACUUCAAUUUUCAAGAAAUCUUACUUGAAGUUAUUCGAAAAGGAUGCUGACGGUUACUUAACCAUGGCGUUCAAUGCAAAUAUGUCCGUGAAGACAAGUAAAGAAUUGAAACUACAAGGUUUAAUUGGUCAUGCCACUCCAAUUAAGCAGAAAGAUGCCAUUAAUGUUAGUGACUCCGAAAUUGGUAUGGGUGGAACAUCAAGCUGGAAAAUGGCAUCUAUUUCACCACAUCAUUCCUAUGCAGUUUUUUUCGAAAUAUCAGGGACUUCAGCACCUGCACUAGCUAAUGAGAAGGCACAUCUAGCAUUCACACAAUUUAUUACCACAUAUGAACAUUCUUCCGGGACAACUCGUACAAGAGUCACCACGGUUGCUAAUCAAUUAUUACCAUUUGGUAGUCAAGGUAUUGCAGAAUCUUUUGAUCAAGAAGCUGCUGCAGUCUUAAUGGCAAGAAUUGCUGUUUACAGAGCUGAAACUUCUGAGGUUGCAGACGUCAUUAGGUGGAUUGACAGAACUUUAAUUAAAUUGUGUCAAAAAUACGGUGAAUACAAUAAAGACGAUCCACUUUCAUUUAGAUUACAGCCAAACUUCAAUCUAUAUCCACAAUUUACCUACUAUUUAAGAAGAUCUCAAUUCUUAAGUGUCUUUAACAAUUCACCUGAUGAAACUGCAUUCUACAGACAUAUUUUCACUAGAGAAGAUACAAUGAAUUCUUUAAUUAUGAUUCAACCAACCUUGACUUCAUUCUCUAUGGAAGAAGAUCCUAAACCAGUAUUGUUGGAUUCUAUCUCUGUGAGACCAAAUACAAUUUUAUUGUUAGAUACAUUCUUCUAUAUUUUAAUUUACCACGGUGAACAAAUUGCCCAGUGGAGAAAAGCAGGUUAUCAAGAUGAUCCAGAGUAUGUGGACUUUAAAAAUCUAUUGGAAGAACCAAAGAAGGAAGCUGUUGAUUUAUUGAUUGAUAGAUUCCCAUUACCAAGGUUCAUUGACACCGAAGCUGGUGGAUCCCAAGCAAGAUUCUUACUCUCUAAGUUGAAUCCAUCUGAUAGUUAUCAAGAUCAAAGUAAUAUUAGCGCUACAGUGGUCUUUACUGAUGAUGUUUCUUUACAAAGCUUCAUGGCUCACUUACAAAAUGUUUCUGUACGCGGUCAAGCUUAA